UUAAAACUUUGUGAAGCCCACUGUUUUACUCAACACCAAACACAACCCUAGAGCGCACUACGCACAAGAGCGUACUGUAGAAUCUCCCACAUUAAAUCCCAUUAACUAAAAACCACCGUUUACUUUCACCUGAUUAUUACCCUAUUUCUCAGGCGCCGAUUGUCGGAAUCUGACUCAACUGGCCUGCGUGGCCGGAAUCUGACCCAUGUCAAUUGACAGGCGCUCUACAUCAAAACCCUAAUCUUCCAUUGGUCACACUCUAUCCCACUCCUUUCUGUCUCUGCAACAAAAGCCUCGUGUAGUGGUCUCAGUUCUCAGAUUUACAAAAGAGCCCUUUUCGUUUUGCUGAAAUUGCAGUGGAGGAAAUGUGGGGAUCAGUGAAGCUUUCUUGGAUCUGGGUUUUGUUCACUUCUAUAAAUCUCAAUUUGUAGAAAUGGUUAAAUGUGCCAACUGGGUUCUAUGGUUGAGCAUUUUGGGUUGGUCAUAGAUUUUGUUUUCAGAAUCAGGUUUUGAAGUGAUCCAAUUUCUCCAUGGAAUUGAAGAAAGAGGAGGCUCUUAGAGCUAAAGAGAAUGCGGAGAAGCAAUUUGCUGAGAAAAACUUUGCCGGUGCAAAGAAUUUUGCUUUGAAGGCCCAGUCGGUGUGUCCGGACCUGGAGGGUAUAUCUCAAAUGGUGGCUACAUUUGAGGUUUAUAUUGCUUCUGAGGUCAAAGUUAAUGGUGAAACUGAUUAUUAUUCCAUUCUUGGAUUGUUGCCAACUGCAGACAAGGCAACUGUGAAGAAACAGUAUAGGAAGCUCGCUGUUUUGCUUCACCCUGAUAAAAACAAAACUGUUGGAGCUGAUGGAGCAUUCAAGCUUGUUUCUGAAGCAUGGACUCUGUUGUCAGAUAGUGCUAAGCGAAGCUCUUAUGAUCUCAGGAGGAGCCAACUAUUGUCGUCUGCAGUUGUCCAGAGAAGCUCGGCUUCAGCUCAUACUGCUGGGUUUACAGGCUUUGACAAUUGUUCCCAUUCACCAGUUACUCAUACUAGACUUGACACUUUCUGGACUGUUUGCACCUCUUGUAAAGUUCAGUAUGAGUAUCUUCGGAAGUACUUGAAUAAGAGACUCUCUUGUAAGAACUGCCGGGGUACUUUCAUGGCUGUGGAAACGGGGACAGCCCCAGUGAAUGGUUCAUUCCCUUACUGUUCAUGGUCGCACUUGCAUGAAAAUGGGUAUGGAACUCAUGGAUUCAAUGGGGUUACAUAUUUUCCUACCAAUGCAACUUUCUAUUCACGAAAUGGGGUUUCAGGAUAUCAUUCUGGACAUGGGUCUGAGUAUGUUCCAAACGUGCCAUUCCAGUGGAGUUCAUUCCCUGCUGCUUCUACUGGAAUUGGGGGUCCUAAUGGAUCAGCUGCUAAAUCUGCUGAUGUUGUUUAUCAUACCACUGAGAGCAUUAAUAGAGCAGGAGAGAAGGUUAGAUCAGGAGCCAGUGGGAAACAUGCUGUCAAAAAUGGCAUGGUGAAUGUGGGUACCGUUUGUAAUGAACAUUUAGGCUCUAAGGCCAAUAGACCUGAUAAGAAAAGGAAAAUUGAAGGUAGAGGUGCAUCUAGAAAUGGGAAUGAUGAAAUGGGUUCGAAAACGGCUACAGAAGUCACAACAGCUAAUGGAAAUGGAAAUGUUGGACUUAAUCCCAAGCUUUCCACCGCAAGUGAGACCGUAGCUAAACGUCCAUCAGUUGCGCCCGCAUUUGAUGCUAGAAAGUUGUUAAUUGAGAAGGCAAGAACAGAAAUAAGAAAGAAAUUGGAAGAGAUGAAGUUGGCUGCGGCAGCGGCGGCAGAGGCAGCAGCAGCUGCAAAAGCAGCAAGAGAAGCAGCUGAAGCAGUUGCAGCAGCUGCAGCUAGGGAGAAUGUAGAGUUACCUAAAAGAGCAUAUCUGGGAGUUCCUGGCCAUCAGUCUGAACUGCAUAGGACUGGGUCUACUACUUCAAUAACAGUCCCUGACCCAGACUUCCACGACUUUGACAAGGACAGGUCAGAGGAAUGCUUCAAGCCAAAGCAAAUAUGGGCUAUAUAUGAUGAAGAAGAUGGUAUGCCUCGCUUAUAUUGUCUGAUCCGUGAAGUGAUCUCCGUGAAACCAUUUAAAGUUCAUAUUAGUUACUUGAACUCUAAAACUGAUGCCGAGUUUGGGUCCGUAAAUUGGAUAGAUUCUGGGUUUACCAAAUCUUGUGGAAAUUUCAGGGCAUGGAAUUCUGAUAUUGUUGAACAAGUUAACAUCUUCUCUCAUUUGCUAAGCGGUGAGAAGGCUGGCAGGGGAGGCUGUGUUCGGAUUUACCCCAAAAGUGGAAAUAUUUGGGCUGUGUAUCGGAACUGGUCACCAGAUUGGAAUCGAUCAACCCCAGAUGAAGUAAGGCACCAGUAUGAGAUGGUGGAGGUUCUUGAUGAUUACUCUGAAGAGCUUGGUGUAUGUAUUGUUCCCCUUGUUAAAUUGGAUGGUUUCAAAACUGUGUAUCAGAGGAAUACUGACAAGAAUGCCAUUCAAUGGAUUCCGAGAAGAGAGAUGCUACGCUUUUCACACCAGGUACCGUCCUGGUUACUUAAAGGAGAAGCAAGUAACCUGCCAGAAGGGUGCUGGGAUUUGGACCCGGCUGCAACUCCAGAUGAGCUGCUUCAGACUGCAACUCCAGAUGAGCUGCUUCAGGCUGCAACAGAGGUGAAGGCUGAAUAGAAAUCUAGGCAAGCACAAGUAAGAAAGCCCACUUUUAGCUUUGUUCUGACAAUCCACGGUCUAAAUGUACAAAAGAUUCGAUACAUGGCUUAGGGCCAAGUCUCAGAAAAUUAGAAACUCAUGAGGAUCACAAGGUGAUCCUCAACAUUGAUUCCAGGUGAUUUUAAAGGCUUUAAUGUUAAUUGAGCAACUUAUAUGUGUAACCCCAGAUUUAUUGACUGCUUGUUUACAGAAAUGCUCUUCUUGAUCAUGGCAGCUGCACCAACUGCCAUUUAGUUAGUCAAAUAGCUACUCAUUCUUAGACGAGUGAUCUCCUGGUUGUAAAAUUAUUUGUUUCAGAUCAAUUUCUUACUGCAAUUCCCAUAAAACCUUGAUUAUUAGUUCUGUU